AUGGAAGACUUUCGCUUCCCAACCAAAAAUCCAAUGCUCCCGGAUUACAAAAAGAAAGGGUGCAUUAUCAACGUCGAGCUGAUACGGAUCACGGCAAAAAUCUUCAAGCACCUAAACAUCUUCCCCGAAGACGUCGAGUGGCUCGAGAACUUCCUGAGUGAGUUCAAGGGCAACACAUCAACCUACUUUGCUCCGUCGUCUGAGUCAGAGGACUCCAAAAAGGCAGCUGCACGCUCGGCAGCCCUCCCCUCCUGCUUUCGCCCGCAGGGCAAUAAAACCACUCAUCCCGCAGAACUUGAAGCCUGGAGGGGGGAAUACGAGGCGGGAUUGGGCGUCGCGCCCUCGUCGAGUAGUCCUUCCCAACCUAAGAAGAGCUUUAUGGAAAUGGUCGCCAAGGAAGAAGAAAACGAAAGGUUGUAUGGGACCAAGGUCACCGGACCAAUGUUUGCUCGCGCUAUGUUCGAAUCGCUCAAGGAGUUGAAGUUCGCUGGUGCAGCCGAUGUUGACUGGCUGCGAUUCGUUGACUUGUAUGAACGCGCGCAUAACACCCUGGCCGAGGAACGUCUUAAAAUCGAGUCUGAUCACAUCAUGAAGCAGACUGAGUUGGAGAAGAAGGUCGCAGGACUGAGUCUGUCGGAGAAGGAGGACAAGCGCAGAGCAGGAGAAGAAUAA